UCCUUCAUUAUUGACAUUAACGCCUCGCGUUUUUCUCGUGAUUUGCCCGUGGUCUGUUGAGAGACCCUAGAGCUGUCUAAGGAUACGUUCAGUGGGAAUUUUCAUAGAGCAUCUCAGAGGAGAGAGCUGAAGCAUGGAGGAAGCAAACGGAUCUUGGUUUCCAAGAGAGAGGCAGCAUUCAAACCCGUUUCAUUUCACCUCCGGUCACGAAGCUACGCAGCGUACGAACAAUGCUACAAAUAUUUACAACGCUUCGCCUUUUCCAGAGAAAGAACCGAGAUUCUCACCCAAGCCAGGCAAAAGAGCAAGAAAACUGUCUUUAUUCUCGUUUCAUUUCAACUCCAAAUCUAAUUCGGAAGAAAAGGGAAGGCUAAGGCGUUCGUCUCAACCGGUGUUCAACCAAACUUCACCUCAAACUCUCCCGCCAGAUCCAAGUGACAUGUGGUUGACUUCUCUGACUAACAGUCGCCCUGGAUCGCAGAACAGCUUGGAUAGUUCGCCAUGUUCUUCGCGAAAAGACUCAGCAGUUCUCGGACCCGUGGAGAAAGAAAAUAUUGCAAUACAGGACAUAAUUCAAGAAACACUAAAAUUACAGUUUGACUGUGUUACAGAGUAUAACCGGGAUGAAUGUGAUCGCUUGGGAAAGAACGUCUGUCAGCUGGUGAAACGGCGCGUCGAAGCCAUGAAAGAGGCUACUAAAACACGCUGCAAAAUCGUGUCAGUCGUUUAUGUUGGCGCGGUAAGAGACUUUGGGAUGGAGGUAGCAUGUCAGGCGCUUCUGGAAGUAGACAAAGAUAAUUUUACAGUUGCAAGUUACAGAAACGGAAAAGUUUUUGCUGUGGGUGGCAUUAUAGUGAUUCCGUUAGAGAAACAGGCGUAGAGUUCAAAUAAUUUUUAAUGGAAAGAAAACAGACCAUACUAAUGUGAGAAGCUUAGAUAACAAGCGAUUGAAAAACAGUUGUUUUCACACAGGUAUUGUUGUGUUUUGAUAGCAUUGCAUCAGUGUUAUAUGAAGAUUGAAAUGAAAGCUAAUGAAAACAUUGUGUUGCUGGUUGGAGCCGGCGGCUGAAGCCGGCUAGCUCGGUAUGGUUCAUUAGUUAUGAUAAACACAGAUAACCCGCGGUCACAGGCCUAUUAGCAGAUGCUGGCAAAUUAUCAGGGGUUCACAGCUAUGAGCAAUUCGCAUAUAUAUUUGCAUCGCUAAAUAAAAACAUUACGGAUGAUGAGCUUCGCUUUAGCAACUUACAUUACAAAUUGGCACGCGGCGGGAGGUCUAGGGCGGAUAAUGAGACUCCACCCCAGCCCGCCCCAGCCCACCCUCUCCGAUCUAGUUUUUUACGCAAAAUUCGGGUCAAACAUGGAUUUCUGAAGAGUGUUUUGACGAUCUUUUAAGCUUUAUGUAAAUUGUGAUAAAUGGAUGGUCCUCUGGGCACCAUGAUGUCUGCAUCUGAUCCGACUUAACCUUAAAUGUCUUGAAUAAACAAUACAAAG